CAACAACAAAUGCAACAGCAACAACAACCAAUCAUGUACCAACAUAUACAGCAACAAAAUCAUUUGCAACAAUUUCCGUAUGGAAAUAACUUCAACUAUAAUCAACAUGAGCGCAGUUUCGCUUUUCAAAUUGGGCGCACAUGUGGCGACGAAAACGCAAUCGGAAAUGCUAAUGAACGACGUUAUGAAGAACUAUGUCGCAAUAUUAUUAAUGACAUGAAUCAAUAUGGUCUUUCAGUUGUAGAUGACUUUUUGGGCAAUGAGAAGGGUCUCAGUGUCCUAAAUGAAGUACAUCGCUUGUACGCAGCAGGCGAAUUCAGGGAUGGUCAAUUAGUUAAUAACACGGUUGGAGAACAAGAUUCUCGUACAAUACGUGGUGAUAAAAUAGCGUGGAUAAAAGGUGUAGAGCCUGGCUGCUCAAACGUUGGAUAUUUAAUAAAUCAGAUCGAUGCUGUGAUUUGUAAUGCAAAUUCAAUGCUUAAUAAUGGAGAAUUAGGAAAAUGUAAUAUAAAGGAGAGAACGAAGGCUAUGGUUGCUUGUUAUCCUGGCUCAGGCUCACACUACGUUAGACACGUAGACAAUCCUCAUAAAGAUGGGCGUAUUAUAACAGCUAUUUACUAUUUAAAUGUAAAUUGGGAUACAAAUCGUAGCGGUGGAAUACUGAGAAUAUUUCCUGAGCGAGGACAAACAAUAGCAGAUAUCGAACCAAAGUUCGAUAGACUCAUAUUUUUCUGGUCAGAUCAUCGUAAUCCACAUGAAGUACAACCUGCACAUCGUACACGUUAUGCCAUAACUGUUUGGUAUUUCGAUGCCAUUGAACGUGAAGCAGCAUUAAAUCGUUGGAAACAUGAUAAUGAUCCAAGAUCCAAUGCAACAAACACAACAACAAAUGCAAAUUUAAGCGGUGUAACCUCAAAUAGAAACAGCGAAUCAAAUACCAAUUCUAAUUUGCAUACCAAUAUAAAUGAAUCUACAACAAAUACACCAGCGUCAGACACAACAACAACAACAGCAACACCAACAACAACGUCAACGAAUUUAAGUAUAAGUGAUAAUUGCACGUAACAAAAUAUUUGUUACUGUGGACGCUGCAAUAAUUCGACAAUUGGAGCGACUUUAAUUCAAUGCCAUUGCAAUUAGUUAGGAAUUAAAUUGUAUAUUUUUGCUUAAAAUUUGUACA